ACUCGGGACUCGCUUGGACUGCGAUUGCGUCCAGAUUCACGGCAUAUGUAUUGGUGGAUUUUUUUUUUUUGAGUUUUGGGCCAAUCUGAUUUGGGCCUGGUGCAUUAAAUCCCUCGUUCCGACCCGAGCCAAAAGUACUGAACUCGGUUGCCCGGCCCGUUCCCGCUUAGUUACAAAAUUCAAAUCCAAACACGCAAGAGAGGAUUCUAGUCCGUUGGGCGAGAGAAAUGGCGAGAAACGAAGGGAAAGCGAAAUCGGUGAGGAGAGCACUGAGGGACGUAUCGAAUAAUAACACUAAUGGCAACAAUGGUGGUGGCGGAGGAGGAGGAAGAUUCUCCAAAUCUGUGAAUGAGAAUAAGAAAUCGAUCUCCGAGAAGCAAGUCGAAAACCAACAAAGUGUUGUUACUAUGGCUCAACAAGAGGAAGGCAGCAGAGGAGAAGAAGACCACCUUGAUUGCAUCUUGCUUGUUCAGUCCGAUCUCUCCUCUAUCACUCGCCAGAUUGAUGAACUUGUUGCGCAAGCAUUAAAACUGAAGGCCACCAGCAAACAUGGAAGAAGAGAAAUUGAAUCCUUUUCUCAUGUCUUGUGUGAUAUGCUUUCAUCUUUAAAGUCAUGGGUUCCCAGAUUGCAAAAUGCCUUCUCUGCCGAAUGUGAGACUCGGUUGGGCCAAAGUUUGGCAGUUAAUACUGUUUCUGACAUAAAUGAAGAUGAAAACUUUGAGGUUGAAAGUCCAGAACAAACCAGGAUGGACUCACUGAUCUCUCCUUCUCCUCUUGUGUCCUGGCGAGUUGAUUGUAAUACAGAGAGAGGUAGACAACUCUUUCUGCUCACUCCUCUUCCUAUAUCAAAAACGUUAUCCUCCAAACAUCUGGACUUGUGUAAAUCAGUAUUUGAAAGGAUUGCUUCUAAUCCUGCUGUUGAGCUACCAUCGUUUCUAUCAAUUUCUGGAGACAUACAAGAUGAUUUUCUUGAAGGUAUAGCUACAAAGCCAACCCCAAAUGAGCCUUCUAAUCCAGUUAUGACUAAAACGAAAAGGAACAUUGAUUCUGGGUGUGUUUCCCCUCCAAUCUUUUCCAAUAGAGAUCAAUCUAUUCUUGUUAUGACUCCAUGCUUAAAGAUGUCUCCUCCAAAAUCUUGUGUGUUGCUUGAACCUAUUUCUGAGUCUUCUCAUAAAGGCAAAGCUGUGUUUCGGAAGUCAACCCCAUUUCCUGUUGGAAUUCGUUCACAGAUUUCUGAAUCGUCCUCUGACAGUGAAGGUUCUGAGGAUCUGACUUUGAAGUAUCCAGAGCUCAUGGGGAUACAACAGGCCUAUAAAUCUAGGAUGGGAAAGAAAGAGUUAGAAGCAUCACCUAAUUGGAUUUUUUCUCCUCCUAAAACCUGUGUUCUACUGGAGCCAACAGAUGAAAAAUCAGUGGACACAAUCGCUACCGAUAACCACUUGCCAAUCAGUGCUCCUGUUUUGAAUCAGCAAGCAAACUUGGGUUCAUCAAAAGAUUACAAUGAUCAAGUUGGUUGUCAUGGAAUCGAGAAAUCUUCUAACCAAGAUAGCAGCUUGACGCUGGUAGAAAGCACCCCCAUAUGGAACGAACCUGCAAGCACAAUGAGAAGAGGGAAGCUUCCAGGAGAGAAUACUCUGAAAAAGGAGCUGUGGACAAAGUUUGAAGCAGCGUCUACUUACGGGCUUCGUUUAAAUGUAUCUGAAUUUCAAAGGACUGCACAGAAAGGAUUUCUUGACUUGCUUGAUGAAGUAUCUUGAGAAAGGGAGAGUCCACUGUCUGCCAGUUUGAGAUGACACAUUCUCCUUGAUGAUUAAGAUUUUGAUUUGCAAAUCCUUUUGUAUGGUAUACUGGCAAAUGUGUUUAGCAGUGGUAAGGUUCUUGCCGUCUUUGUGAUUAUCAUCAUCAAAUCAAUAGGCACUGAAUUAAUUUU